AUGGGCCAGAAAUACAGCGAGUCGCUGGCACGGCUACAGAGAAGACAGUCCGCGGCAGCGCUUCUGAAGCAUGGGCACAUGCUGAGGCUCAGGGUCUUGCAGAUAAGCUGGGCUGGGACAAGCACAGGCAAUCCAGGACUACCAACAGCAGUUAAUAUAACUUGGUCUUCAAUCAAUUUUAAAACUAUACUACAGUGGCAACCAAAACCAUCAGGUUACUUCUAUACAGUAGAAAUACACGGACAGGCAUCUGACACUAAAAAAAAAUGCGUAUUGACAGCAGAAACAGAGUGCGAUGUUACUGAUGUGCUCAGGAAUGUAGAAGAGACCUAUACAGCACACAUACUGUCUGUAACGUCCUCGGAGAUGGAUAACUUUGAAGAACCACCUUUUGCAGUCUCUGAAAAAUUUACACCUUAUAGUCAGACUGUUCUCGGAAAACCGGAGAUACAGAAUUACACACAAAAAGGUUCCAAACUGAAUAUUGUGUUCCAAGAUCCACUUACACCAUAUACAUUUCCUAACGGAAGCUUUAAAAGUAUUCGAGAUAUUUUCCAACACGACCUGGAGUACAAACUCUAUUACUGGAAAGAUCAAAGUUCUGGAAAGAAAGAUGCAACAACAAAAAGCGAUAGAUUUGAGAUAAGCGUUGACAGCACAAAGAACUAUUGCUUCUACAUACAGGGAAUCAUUCCCUCCCGCAGAGAAAAUCGUGAUGGUCAAGAAAGCAUGGUGCUUUGUACCAGUGUAGGAAGAAGUCUCUUGGAUGAAUACGGAGCAGAACUCUUUAUCAUCAUAGCAGUGAUAGCAAUUGCGGUCAUCAUUUUUGCCAUUGUCCUAUCAGUGAUCCUGUGUAAACGCAAGAAAACAAAAGCUGCAAGAGAAAAGGAACCGCUUAAUGGUGUCUAA